AUGGCCGCGCCCGCCGCGGGGACCGAGCUGCCCGUGCCCGAAUCAGGUGCUGUUUUCACAUUUGGGAAAAGCAAAUUUGCAGAAGAUAUUCCUAGCAAGUUCUGGUUCAAAAAUGACAAGCCUGUACUUAUAUCAUGUGGAGAUGAACAUACAGCUAUUAUUACAGGAAAAGGUAAACUAUAUAUGUUCGGCAGUAAUGACUGGGGCCAGUUAGGACUAGGAUCAAAGAACACUGUCAGCAAACCAACGUGUGUUAAAGCUUUAAAACCAGAAAAAACAAAACUUGCUGUUUGUGGAAGAAACCACACUUUAGUUUACACAGAAAAAGGAAAUGUCUAUGCUGCUGGAGGAAACAGUGAAGGCCAGUUGGGAUUAGGUGACACAGAGGAAAGGACCACGUUUCAUUUAAUUAGUUUUUUUACCAACCAGCACAAGAUCAAGCAACUGUCAGCUGGAUCAUACACCUCAGCAGCAGUAACUGAGGAUGGGCAGCUCUUUGUGUGGGGUGAUAAUUCAGAAGGUCAGAUUGGCCUGGCCAGUGAAGCCUCUGUCAGUGUCCCCUGUAAAGUGGAUAUUGGAAAACCUGUUUCCUUUGUAUCCUGUGGAUAUUAUCAUUCUGCCUUGAUUACAGGAGAUGGUGAGCUCUAUACUUUUGGAGAACCUGUGAAUGGGAAACUGGGAUUAUUCCCUGAACAGCUGAAGAGCAGUAGAGUCCCACAGCCUGUACUGGGAAUUAUGGAAAAGGUUAAAAAGGUUGCUUGUGGUGGAGAACACACCGUGGUGCUGACAGAGAAAGCUGUUUAUACCUUUGGACUUGGACAAUAUGGGCAGCUGGGACAUGGCACUUUUGUGUUUGAAAGUUCAGUACCAAAGCCUGUGAAACACUUGAAGAGGCAUAAAAUACAUAACAUUGCAUGUGGGGAAAAUCACACUGCUGUGAUAGCAGAGAAUGGCCUCAUGUUUACUUUUGGAGAUGGACGACAUGGCAAGCUAGGAUUUGGAGAAGAGAGUUUUACAAAUCUGUUUGAUCCCACUCUGUGUUACAAUUUCUUGAAGUUCACAGUCCUUUUGGUUGCCUGUGGUGGUUGUCACAUGCUGGUUUUUGCUGCUCCAAGACCUAAAGGAUCUGAAGUACUCUUGGAAGAUUUAUAUGAGCCUCGUUUGAUUGCUACUAUCCCUCAAACAAGUGGGGACUUUGUACUAGCAAACACUUUGCAAUUAUCAGCAGCACGAAUGCGACGUCGAGAGAGGGAAAGGUCACCAGAGCAAUUUGUUCGAAUGGCACAAACUCUGCCUCCAAUGGGGGAAGGCUUUUUAAAAUCUUCGUUGCCUGUGACAAGCAACACCAGCCCCUUCUGGUUUUCUGCAACAAGUCAUCCUAAAGCUGAAUCUGGGAGGGAUGGAGACCAUGAAAAAGAAAAUAAUCAUCAAAAAGAUAAACCUGGUGAAGUCUCUUCAGAACAAGAUUCAGAUAAUGAAAAUAUUGACAGAAACCUUGGGGAUACAACUGACAUCCUAAAUAUGACACAUGCAAUGAAAUUGAAUCCUGGUGACUGGUCCUUAAAAUUGUCACCACUCCAAAAACUGAAGGAACAAAACUUGUCUGGAGAUGAAGAAAUAGAUGAUGAGGAGGAGGAGGAGGAAGAAGAAGAAACAGAAGAAGAAGAAGAAAAAGAAGAAGGAAAAGAAGAAACAGAAGGAGAUGAAUCAGGAAAAGAAACAGAGAAAGAAGAGCAAAAAGAGGAAAAAAAAGAAAAAGUAAAGGAUCGUAAAUCACCUGAGGGAGAGACAAGCAGUAGUAGUAGUAGCACUGUGGAAACUGGAGAGACCACAGAAGAGACUACUCAGGAGGAGACCAUCAUUCAGCAGGAGAAGGAAAGCACUGACAAUCACACUGUGAACAAUUCUUCAGAGGACACUGAUGACCAAAAGUCUGGAGGAACUGUGGGGAAAAAAAAGUUUUCCCUGUUUAAGCGAAAGCCACUGACAAGCCAGAAGAAUGUAUGUAGCAGAAAGGAAGACAGCUCUGAAAAGCCAUUGCAGAGUGAAGAAAAAGAAAAGGAAGAUUUAUCUGGUGAAGACAGUAAGGAUGAAAAUCAGAAUACACUGGAGAAUUCCAGUGAAACUGUGACUAAUCAGGACAGAAGGAUGAAAACAUGUAUAUUGCUGUAA